AUGACGCCUUCGCCUUCCAAGACCUCGUUGGCCCUUCUGGCCGUCCAAUUCUUUGGACUGGGCUCCGCUUGUGGUUGCUCAUGCACUCUGGAUAGCCUCAACGCUACCCUUCAGGGUCGUGUACAGCCCUUGACCCCUUUCUCCCUCCCUUGCUUCUCCAACUACAAUGGCCAGUCCGUCACCCCCAACGAUGCCGCCUGUGCCAACAUUCAGGACAACUACACCGACCCUUACCUCCGCACCAACUCUCCCAAUGGUUACAUGAACAACCAGGAUGAGAUGUGCUCGUCUAACCCCGAGGAUCAAUGUCUGCUCGAUAGCAGCGACCCCACCGAUCCUCUGGCCUUUGUCAACCAGACCUGCCGUCAGGGCAACAUGCCCUCCUACUACAUCGAGGUCAAGGAUGACUCCGAUGUCCGCCACGCUCUGCACUUCUCCAACUGCUCUGGUACCCGUCUGUCCAUCAAGAACAGUGGUCAUGAUUACCUGACCCGCAGCAGCGGCAAGGGUACCUUGGCCCUGUGGACUCGCAAGCUGCAGAACCUCAGCUACAGCCCCGCCUUUGUCCCCGAAGGCUGCCAGGCCUCCUACAACGCUAUCACUGCCGGUGCUGGUGUUAACUUCGAUGAAGCCUACGAGUUCGCUCACCAGAACAACGUCACUAUCCUCGGUGGUUACUCCCCCACCGUCGGUCUCUCUGGCGGUUGGGUCAUGAACGGUGGCCACUCGGUCCUCUCCCCUGUCUAUGGUCUUGGUGUCGACCGUGUCGUCCAGUUCAAGGUCGUCACCCCGGAUGGCGAGCUGCGUAUCGCCAACGAGUGCCAGAACCAGGACCUCUUCUGGGCCCUGCGUGGUGGCGGUGGUGGUACCUUUGGUGUUGUCCUCGAGAGCACUCACCGCGUCGAGCCCACCGUCAGCUUCGUCGCCGCCAUCAUCAAGUUCACCAGCAACUCCACCAACGUCCUCCCCUUCAUGGACAUCGUUGUCAACAACACCCUGAAGUGGGCCAAGGAAGGCUGGGGUGGUCACGUCACUGGCGACACCCUCGUCAACGUCUCCCCCCUGCUCUCUGUCGCUGAAGCGAAUGCCUCCAUGGCCGAGGUUGCCGCCUACGCCAAGGCUCAGGGUGGUUCCGCCGUCAUCGAGGCCUUCUCUUCCUGGUACGACUUCUACGAGAAGUACGUCACCUCCAGCUCCGUCAGCGUUGGUGUCACCCACUUCGCUGGCAGUCGCUUGGUCCCCACCGACGUCUUCGAGACCGCCGAGGGUCGCUCCAACCUGAUGGACUUCUUCGAGCUCAUCCUCGCCAACGGCCAGACCCCUUACAUCCCCGUCGUCGCCCCUGUCCUGUACAACUACACUGAGGGCUCCACCAGUGCCUCCCCUGCCUGGCGCAAGUCCGUCUGGGAGCUGGGUUCCGGCAGCAGCUGGGCCUGGAACAGCACCCUGCAGACCCGCGAGCAAAAGAUUGCCACUCUGCAGAACAUGACUGCUACCCUGGAGCGUAUCACCCCUGGCAGUGGCGCCUACAGCAACGAGGCCAACGCUUUCACUGUUGACUGGCAGGAGGCCUGGUGGGGCGACAACUACGAGAAACUCCUCUCCAUCAAGAACAAGUAUGACCCUACUGGUCUGCUGAGCUGCUGGAAGUGUGUCGGCUGGGAGGACUCCCGGGCCAACAGCACUUGCUUUGCUGCUUUUUCUUGA